AAGUCAUUCCCAUUCCUAUGUAAAUACCUUGGAGGUAGUAACUCCAUCGUGACGUGCCCGCUCCUACUGUAUUACCUAAGCCUAUUUAAGAAUUUGGACAUGACCCAGCAGCCCAGUGCCCCUCUAAUCCACCACCGCCUUCCCGCCUUCCCGCCUUCCGCCAUAGCUCAAUACUACUCAAACGGCAAACUUCUGCUUCUACCUCUUACAUUUCCCUUCCUUCAUCCACCAUAAAAUAAAAUAUUACACAUUACCACACGACAUAUUUGCAUAUUCUGGUCACAUACACUUUGCGACUAGAAUAGAUUUCGCAGCUACACAUUUUGCGACCGUACACUCAUCCUUAUUACAGACGAUUAGUUGAUCUCGAUUAUUCAUUCACGAUGGUUGAGACCGAAGCACCCCCCGCUGCGGAUUACAUCCGCCUUCAGUCAAACGACAACAUUAAGAUUGAUGUCGAGAAGGCGGUCGCAGAACGAUCACUGCUCAUCAAGAACAUGCUCGAGGAUCUUGGUCCUAACGCCGACGGACAGACUAUUCCCAUCCCUAAUGUAACCGAGCCUGUCUUGCGCAAGGUCAUCGAAUGGUGUGAACACCACCGUAACGACCCUCCGGCUAGCAACGAGGACGAGUCGGACAAUCGCAAGAAGACGACGGACAUCGAUGAAUGGGAUCAGAAAUUCAUGCAGGUCGACCAAGAGAUGCUGUUUGAGAUUAUUCUUGCAUCCAACUAUCUCGACAUCAAGGCUCUUUUAGACGUUGGCUGCAAGACCGUUGCCAACAUGAUCAAGGGAAAGUCUCCCGAGGAGAUUCGUAAGACCUUCAACAUCACGAACGACUUCACCCAUGACGAGGAGGAGCAGAUUCGCCGGGAGAACGAGUGGGCCGAGGACCGAUAAAUUCCCUACCAUACUGCCGUAAUUAUCAAUUCUGUUUCAU